AUGCAAUCUCCUCCUAAGAUUCUUAUCGUUGGAUCCGGUCCCGCUGGUCUUAGCCUCGCUCUGUCACUCCUGAAGAACGGGAUACCCGUUCGGAUUAUCGAGAAAGAUGCAACGCAUCAUAAUGGCGAACGUGGUCCCGGAAUUAUGCCUCGUACGCUUGAAAUCGAGUAUUUCCUUGGCGCUGGAAAUGACGUCCGCAAGACCGGGGCCAAACCGGCAACGAUUAACGUUUUCGAUCUGGAAGAUCCUCACCGCAUCAAACAGUCUUCGGGGAUGAUGGAAGACGUCGAGCCAACGCCCGCUUUCCCAAUUACGCGAGCGGUAGUCCUUGGCCAAUGGCGCCAUCAGGCCAUCCUUCGCAAGCACGUUGAAGCUCUUGGCGGAAACAUUGAGCUCGGAACGACUUUUAUUGGCUGCACACAAGACGAGAAUGGUGUGACGGCAGUGAUUCAAAAGACGGUAGAUGGCGUCGAGAAUACAGAAAAGGCUCACUUCGAGUACCUCGUAGGUGCGGACGGUGGGCGAAGUGCUGUACGGAAAGCUAUGGGUGUUAAUUUUCGGGGAGAAACCCGUGAAGAAGGAAGACUGCACCUUGUUGAUACUCGUAUAGAAGGACUCGAAGUCGAUACGGACGUCGGCAUGUGGGGUAGCCACAAGACUGCGAUGGUAGCGCUUAGGCAAACGGUGGACCCUGGUCUGUUCCAGGCGGUCUUUUCCGGUCCCGGGGUGAACUACGACUACCUCAGAGAACAUGACGACCCGCAAACAAUUCAGAACGAACUACAUAGGAUCAUGAACCGUACUGAUAUUCGAGUCACUGAAAUAACUUGGCAUGGCGAGUGGAGACCGAAUAUCCGCAUGGUGGACCAUUUCCAGGUCGAACGGCUUUUCAUCAUCGGUGACGCUGCGCACACGCAUUCUCCGACAGGAGGGCAGGGAUUGAACUCCAGUAUACAGGAUGCUUUCAACCUCGGCUGGAAGCUUGCUCUAGCAAUCAAAGGAAGUGCUUCACCGCACUUGUUAGAAUCCUUUGAAAGCGAGCGGCUCCCGGUGAUUGCGGAGAUGCUACAGCUCACGACCAAGUUACUUGACAGCUUUGUUACGACUGGCUCUACUCAGACAUCCGUCGAAGAAGCGACUAAGAAACAAUCUCAACAAAGUACGAAGGAUGAAAAUAUAUGGUUCCGUGAUAGGAGACUUCUGCAACUCGACCUACACUAUCGCUGGAGCCCGGUGGUCAUCGAUGAGCGUUUUCCACAACUCAACCCGGCCUCUAUGGAUGCGUAUGGUCUGGUGACUACGGAAAGACGAGCCGGAGAUCGUGCUCCUGACGCACCGUCUCUCACUGGAUCGGGCGCCCCCAAUCGACUUUUCGACAUAUUCAACCCAGCAAAGCACACCAUAUUACUGUUUGUAGCAGAUCAAUCCCAAGUCGGCCAAGCACUCGCGACCAUAGCCCCAUUUUCCUCGAUUGACGCGGGAUUGAUACAGAAAGUACUCGUGCUCCCCGCAGGUGUGGACGCGUCGAACGUUUCAACUAGCAACAUGAAGUAUGUUGUUGUGGACUCAGAGGGACACGCAUUUACCAAUUAUGGUGUGAACCCUUCGGAUGGUUUGCCAACGGUGGUGAUUGUACGACCUGAUGCUAUGAUAGGGGCAUUCCUGAAGACGGAGGCUGGCACUCGCAAAUAUCUUUCGGCUGUCUUCUAG